GGUCCACCCUCUGCUCCUGGCUGUUUUUGGAUCUGCUUUUAAAGCGGAUUGAACCACCGAGUUGCGUUAACUACGACUCCCUUACAAAACAACGUUUUUAUUCCAUUAAUUUAAAAGGGAAGACUGCUCAAUAUAGUCGUAAAUACGUAUGCAACGAGAUAUACAGUCAAAUGGCAGUUGCGUACACUCUUUGUAGGGAAUCCCUUGUGUUUUUUCCCCUCUGAAUUUGAGAGAGUGCAUUGAGACCGAGAGGUGCCUGCUGUCCAUUGAAGCAAGAAGCCUCAUGUUUUCACCAAGCCAGGAGGAGCAGUGCGCCCCUACAAAAGACCCCAUAAAAUACGGGGAGUUGGUAGUAUUAGGGUACAAUGGCUCCCUCCCGAACGGAGACCGGGGCCGAAGGAAAAGCCGCUUUGCCCUGUACAAGAGAAGCAAAGCCAACGGUGUUCGACCCAGCACCGUCCAUAUCCUCAACACACCACAGGCCAGCAAGGCGGUGAACUGUAAAGGGCAGCACAGUAUUUCCUACACUCUGUCCAGGAACCAGACAGUAGUGGUGGAAUACUGCCAUGACAAAGACACAGACAUGUUUCAGAUUGGCCGCUCCACAGAGAGUCCCAUAGACUUUGUGGUGACGGACACUGUGUCUGGGGGUCAGGAGGGAGAGGAGACGCCCAUCACCCAGAGCACCAUCUCGCGCUUCGCCUGUCGUGUCGUCUGUGAGAGGGUCCUGCCCUACACCGCCCGCAUCUAUGCUGCUGGCUUUGACUCCUCCAAGAACAUCUUCCUGGGGGAAAAAGCCGCCAAGUGGAAGAACCCGGAUGGUCACAUGGACGGGCUGACAACCAAUGGAGUGCUGGUGAUGCACCCCAGGGGUGGGUUCACAGAGGAGUCCAAACCGGGUGUAUGGAGGGAGAUCUCUGUGUGUGGGGAUGUUUACACCCUGAGAGAGACCCGUUCUGCUCAGACCCGCGGCAAACUGGUGGAGUGUGAGAGCAACGUGCUGCAGGACGGUUCCCUGGUAGACCUAUGUGGCGCCACCCUGCUGUGGCGCACAGCUGAUGGCCUCUUCCACACACCCACCCAGAAGCACCUGGAGGCCCUGCGGCAGGAGAUCAACGCAGCGCGCCCCCAGUGCCCUGUGGGCCUCAACACCCUGGCUUUCCCCAGCAUGCAGCGCAGCCGCGCCCUCUCCUCCCUGGAGGACAAGCAGCCCUGGGUCUACCUGGCCUGUGGCCACGUGCACGGCUACCACAACUGGGGCCACCGCUCGGAACAGGAGCCCAGCGCCCAGCGGGAGUGCCCCAUGUGCCGGACCGUGGGCCCCUACGUGCCGCUGUGGCUGGGCUGUGAGCCCGCCUUCUACGUGGAUGUGGGCGCCCCCACACACGCCUUUGUGCCGUGCGGACACGUGUGUUCAGAGAAGUCGGCAAAGUACUGGGCGGAGAUCCCUCUGCCUCAUGGCACCCACGCCUUCCACGCCGCCUGCCCAUUCUGUGCCACCCAGCUCUGCCUCACCCAGGGCUGUGCCAAGCUCAUCUUCCAGGGCCCCAUUGACUGAGCUGCAGGGCCCUGGGGUGGGGGAAAGAACGAGGCAGGAGGGCCAACAUGCUGUGAAACUGUUCAGACUAUUUAGUGCUUUGUUUUUUAUCACCGACUGUAAAGGGGAGGAACGCUUCACAAGGUUGAUGGUGUACUACAACAGUGUGUUCCACGUUUCGUGUAGAUGGGCCUGAAGGCAGUGGUCCAUUACACAGUGUUUGGUUUGGGCUUCUGGUCCUCUCGAUGGCCGCUGGCGUAGUGUACACACAGCGAUGUGGACCUAAGGCACAACCACAGAAACCAUCAUACUCUUUAGCUGCCAGCCAUCAGCUUUCAACUCAACUGAGCUAACUCUCUGGACAGUGCAAGCUAAAAUGGCUGCUCAUUUCAAGUAGAAGGGCUACAAAACGUGUUUAUCGAUCAUAAACUCCAAACGGAUUACAGAGAGUAGGUUUAGUUAGGGUAUGUGGGAGUUGGGUGGGGUGGGUUCAUGGUGGGCCUGAGGUGCAUGAUUUUCACAGAGCCAGACAGCUGGACUGUUGGCUGGGAGGAGGACUGAGCGAGCCAGCAAGGUUCAUGGGUAACUAGUUAAAUGCUCCCCAUUGGCUCCUCAGCUCUUAUCUGGUUUUUAAUGGUAUCCAGAACAUUUAGUCUUUCCAGAGGUGAGCUGAACUCUGUUCUGUUCAGAGAACAGGUCCUUAAAAGAAAACAAGUGUUUUUCUCUCCUCUUGUACAGAGAUAUAUUCCAGUGCCUGGGGCUCCCAGUAAAACCCUGGGAAUAUUUUUACUAAAUGAAAAAAGCUAUUUUGUUGAGGGUUAUUAAGGGACGGGAGAGUUUUUUACAUAAAGUAUAAAGAAAUUUAACCCACAGAAUAUUUUCCAUCUUUUUUAUUCUUAAGAAGUAUUUUACUACACUGAGGUGUACAGUUUUUUUUGUUUUUUUUAAAAAUGAAAAUGUUAAUAUAUUUUUCUCUUGUGUAACUAUUAUGUGCAUGUAGGUUGGAUCACAUGGGUGUGCUUGAAUGUGUCAACUCCGGCUCAUACGGAGACAUUAGUCCCUUGACGUAACCACCAAAAGGCAACAACAGGCCGCUGGCAUCAACCUUGUGGGUCAUGACAAUGAAUCUAUUAAAAUACCUAUUUUCCUCACCAUUGGCACGUUAGCCUAAAUUAUGCAAUUGCUUCGCUGAAUGGCUAGGUCUGUUCCUUCUUAAUAUACUGUAAAACUCGGGUGUCUCGUGAUAUCAGAAAGGCCUUUGUCAACUCUUGUGAAAUAGAUUAACUUUUGGAAGUGUAACUCGCUCACACAUCAACACACACCUAUGAGCUUUCGUUGGUCUUGUCCCAUACUCUGUGCACUGUUGAAUGUGUAGCUUUAUCUCAUGCUGGGUUUUCUCCAAUGAUUUGUAUGUUCCCAAACCUGGGCACAGUCACUGCAGCAUUGAUGGACUAUACCAAAUAUAAAAUAAGUGUUCUCUCUCUGAUGCAACAACUGCUUCCUGCAACGCAAAGUGUUACUGUACGCAAAUGAAAACCCCAACUGCUAUUGUAGAAUACAAAUCUAGUUCAGGAUGACAGUCAAAGCUAUUUGUUUGUACUCAUUAUCACAAGGAUAAUAAGGAUAUUAUCAUGUGCCAACGCCAAAUUUAGCAAAUCCAAUUGUGGAGAUGGAUCAAGUGGGCCAAAUGCGUAUGAAUGGAUAAGAUAUUAUGUUGUAGUUGGGCUGUGCGGUGGAAAUUUAGUUGAAACUAAAGAAUUUGAAUCACAUCAAAUGCACUCUUUAUCGCUGCGGGCUAGUUGUGACUACCCAUGUAUGUAGAGUGUAGCUCAACAUAUAGUACCGUUCAAAAGUUUGGACACCUACUCAUUCAAAGACAUACAAAAAUAUUUAAAUAACACUUAUGGAAUCCUGUAGAAACCAAAAGUAUUAAAGAAAUGUAAAUAUAUUUUAGAUUCCUCAAAGUAGCCACACUUUGCCUUGAUGACAGCUUUGUACACUUUUGGCAUUCUUUUAACCAACUUAACCUGGAAUGCUUUUCCAACAGUCUUGAAGGAGUUCCCACAUAUUCUGAGCACUUGUUGGCUGCUUUUCCUUCACUCUGAGGUCCAACUCAUCACAAACCAUAUCAAUUGGGUUGCGGUCAGGGGAUUGUGUAGGUCAUCUGAUGCAGCACUCCAUCACUCUCCUCCUUGAUCAAAUAAUAGACCCACUAAGCGCAAACCAGAUGGGAUGGUGUAUCGCUGUGGUAGCCAUGUUGGUUAAGUGUGCCUUGAAUUCUAAAUAAA